AGUCAAUAGAAUUUUUCUUAAGUAAAACUAAAUAUUUUACAAUUUUUCUCAGAUAAAAAAACAAAUAUUUAAAAAAUAGUGGGUCAGAUGACCCCACUCCUUCCCAUUUACAUCCGCCCCGGAAACGGUUUAAAUAGAGAAAAAAACAAACCAACAUUGCUAAACAAAUCUAUACUAGAAGAAGUGAGGGACAAACCAAAGGAACCUUCACAAAAAAUAAUAAAGCAUGAUGACUUGAGAGAACUCCUUUGAACAAGGAUAAGCGAGGACACCUUCCAUGACUAGAACCUUCGGUUUGCAAUUUCUCCUACGGUAAAUAGUCCAUGCAAUUGAAAGAAAAAAUCUCUAAACUCCAUGAGAUAGAAAAAUUUCAGUUCAAAAGUCAUCAACCGGAAGAUGAUGGCAGAGAUGGAUUAAGACGCCAAAUUGAAGACAGACUGGAGAGGAGAUCUCGAUCGAAUCAUUUAAGAAAAGACAAGGAGCAAUUUAACUCAAAACCAGAUACAACCUUGAUUGAGAGACCGAAAAGGUUGAAGAUCGAGACCCGACAUGAGCCAAAGAAAGCUCAAAACAACCAUGCAAUUCAGUUAAACCAUUAUCAAGGUUUCAAACAAGAAAUCAAUCUUAAGGAUGAGAAGUCCAACUCACUCCGACUAGAUAGAUCAAGAAAUCAAAGAAAUAUCAAUUGAAAGUUCUCACUUCCUCCGGUUAGAAUAAGAUUUUAGAUCUGGAAAUCUAUCCGAAGAAGAAAACAAGAACAAGCCGAGAGGAUCAAAACCGUAAAAUCACAAAAGCAAAACAUCAGGAAAUGCAAAUACCGACUCUGCCUCUGUGGAAGCAGCCGGAGCUGGUAAACCGGCGUUAACAAGAGAAAACUUUUAGAGAGAGGUCAGAGGAUUGAGAGAGAGAGAGAGAUUUUGAAAUAAAAUCUUUCACUAAUCUA